GUCAGAGAGCAGAGAGAGCUGAGCUUUUUGGAGACGGAAAACUCAGAGCACCGAUCUGAUCGAACUUCCAAAGAGAGAAAACGAAGACGAAGCUCAAACCACAACCAUGGCCAGGUACGACAGGGCUAUAACCGUCUUUUCACCUGACGGUCAUCUCUUCCAGGUCGAGUACGCGCUCGAGGCCGUGCGUAAGGGUAACGCCGCCGUCGGCGUUCGUGGCACCGAUACCAUCGUUCUCGGCGUAGAAAAGAAGUCCACUGCUAAACUUCAGGACUCCAGAACGGUGAGGAAGAUUGUGAAUUUGGAUGAUCACAUUGCAUUGGCCUGUGCUGGGCUCAAAGCCGAUGCUCGUGUCUUGAUAAACAAGGCGAGAAUUGAAUGUCAAAGCCACCGACUUACGGUUGAGGAUCCAGUAACUGUUGAGUAUAUAACUCGCUACAUUGCUGGCCUUCAGCAGAAGUACACACAAAGUGGUGGUGUUAGACCGUUUGGGCUUUCAACUUUGAUUAUUGGCUUUGACCCAUACACAGGUGCACCGGCACUAUAUCAGACAGAUCCUUCGGGGACUUUUUCAGCCUGGAAAGCCAAUGCCACUGGAAGAAACUCUAACUCAUUGCGUGAGUUUCUUGAGAAAAACUACAAGGAGACAGCUGGGCAAGAAACCGUCAAGCUCGCCAUUCGUGCUUUGCUUGAGGUUGUUGAAAGUGGCGGAAAGAACAUAGAAGUUGCAGUUAUGACAAGGGAACAAGGUCUGCGACAACUAGAAGAAGCUGAAAUCGACGCCAUUGUUGCUGAGAUAGAAGCAGAGAAAGCCGCCGCAGAGGCUGCAAAGAAGGGUCCUUCAACUAAGGAAACAUGAUUUCCCAUUUCACCUUGAAAUUCACCUUGCUACUAUUACUUUUUAUUUUAUUUUAUUUUUAUCAUCUUUUGAACUCUAAAAAUCUGCAUUCCCAGUCAGUGUCUUUAAAAAACGAUUACUAUAAUCAGCAUUUGAUUUGGCUA